AUGGAAGGAACCGUGAUUAUCACCGGUGCUUCAGGCUCCGUGGCCCUCGAGGCGGUGCAGCAACUUCUCUCCUCCCAUGCUCACUUGACUAUCGUCGGCACCGUUCGAAAUGCAAGCAGAUCUCCCAAAAGUCCCCAAUUGCUCCGUUUGGAAUCUCUUGUGCAGCAGUACCCGGGCAAGAAGCUCAUCCUCGAGAAUGUUGACCUCAACUCGUUGAAAGAUGUACGAUUCUUCGCGGAGAGGAUUUCCGACCAAGUGGCCGCUGGGAAGCUCCCUGCAAUCUCCGCCAUAAUCUGCAACGCAUUCACUUGGUCAUUAGAAAGCGGUCAGCAGUUUUCUUCAGAUCACUAUGAAUCGACAUUCCAGGUCAACCAUCUUGCGCAUUACCUACUCGUGCUGAAGCUUCUUCCCAGUAUGGACCGGAAGUCUGGUCGGAUCAUCAUGCUUGGGUCAGAGGUCCAUGAUCCAGAGCAUCGUAAUCCCCUUGCAGGAAUGGGAGCUUGUCUCCCCGCCGAUGAAAACCUUGAAGAGCUGAUCAAACCUGGCCCAGACUCGCCGGGGACAGAACAUGAUAUGGGCUGGCGGCGAUACGCUAACAGCAAACUGGCCAAUGUUAUGUUCAUGCACAGUUUGAAUAAACGAUUGCAACAGAACACAUUGUUUAGUGGAAUAACGGCUGUCGCUAUGGAUCCGGGCGCCGUUGUCGAUUCCCGAGCACAUCAGAUUCACCGCCGCUUCUUCAACAGACUUGUAUUCUCAAUGAUGAAAUUGUUGCGCCCUGUAUUGGCGCUGUUCACCAAUCAAUUCCGAACGAAUGCAGAAUCUGCCCGAGACCUUACGGCUCUGGCUACGGACCCGAAGUAUCAAAAUGUUCGAGGGUACUUCGAUGGACAAAGGGCAACAUCAUCCGCAGCGAUCGUCACGGAAACCGAGAAGCCGGAGGCGCUCUGGUCGGCAUGCUGGGAUUGGACCAAUGUGGAAGAUUCUGAAACCUGUCUACCCAAGCAUAUGCGUUGA